AUGAGUCUGGCAUUCCUCUGUGCUCUGCUUUCGCUCCUGGGAGGGCAGGGCUGGGCAGACACCCGAGCCAUCGGGGCCAAGGAAUGUCGCCCCAACUCGCAGCCCUGGCAGGCUGGGCUGUUCCACCUCACCCAUCUCUUCUGCGGGGCGACCCUCAUCAGUGACCGCUGGCUGCUCACAGCUGCCCACUGCCGCAAACGGUAUCUGUGGGUCCGCCUCGGGGAGCACCACCUCUGGAAAUGGGAGGGUCCGGAGCAGCUGUUCCGGGCCACAGACUUCUUCCCUCACCCUGGGUUCAACCAGGACCUCACCGCCCAGGACCACAACAAUGACAUCAUGUUGGUUCGUCUGCCCCGGAAGGCACAUCUAGGCCCUGCCGUGCAGCCCCUCAACCUCAGCCAGACCUGCGUCUCCCCAGGCACCCAGUGCCUCAUCUCAGGCUGGGGGGCCGUGUCUAGUCCUAAGGUGGAGUACCCACUGACGCUGCAUUGUGCCAACAUCAGCAUCCUGGAGCCCCGACUCUGCCGCUGGGCGUAUCCAGGCCACAUCUCCGACAGCAUGCUCUGUGCAGGCCUGUGGGAGGGGGGCCGGGGCUCCUGCCAGGGUGACUCUGGGGGACCCCUGGUUUGCAAUGGGACCCUGGCCGGUGUGGUGUCCGGGGGCUCGGAACCCUGCUCCAGGCCCCGGCGCCCUGCCGUCUAUACAAGUGUGUGCCACUACCUGGACUGGAUUCAAGAAACCAUGGAGGACAACUGA